UACGUAAAUGUAAUGGGACAGAUGUGUCCGAUGUGGAUAAAAAAACGCUCGAGAUGUAAAAAAUGCAUCCGAUGUGGAUUCUCAAACGCAGCAAUAAUAAUCGCUAUAGAAGGUCUUUGGUGGCUGCCCAACUAAAGUUGUUCUGUGAAGUAAAGUUGGCUAACCUGAAGUAUUACAGUGACAGAUCACCAUGUUGGGUAUGUGAGGUUAUGUAGACAUAUUUUUUUGAAAAUGUCACAAAUAUUCGAUGGAGAAGAUUCUCCAGAUGAAAAUACAAAUUUCAAAACAAAUAACGAGUAUGCUAAAACGUACGAUGUUUGGAGGAAGAAAGAAGAAUUAAAUAAACUGAAAACAAAGUACGGAGAUGAUGUACUGGAUGAGGAAGACGAGUCUUCCAGUUCAUCAGACGACGAAGAAGGUGUAGAAAUAACACAAGCGGUAGAGAAGGAUUUCUUUAGGACGUUAUCUUGUUUGAAAAAUAAAGAUCCUAGCAUUUAUAAUAAUUCUGUGAGUUUUUUCAAUGAUAGUUCCCAGGCCAAAGUUAAGAAGAAAAAGAAAGAAAAACCUGUGUUUUUAAAAGAUUACGAGCGGAAUUUAAUACUAGAAAAAGGAGGUGUGCUAAGUGAUGAUGAAGAGGAAGUGGAAAGGCCAAAGUCUCCCACAUACAAUCAAGAACAAUCUCAGAUUAAAGAAAGUUUUAAAAAUGCAUUAGAAAAUAGUGAUGAUGAAAAUGAAGAAAACUGGGGUGGAAUUUUUCAACAAAGAACCAAGACUAAGGAUGAAAUGGAUAAGGAUGAGAGUGACUAUAAAAAAUGGUUGAGUGGUGAAAAAAACAAAUUAGGGGAUGAAAAAGUGGAAACAGAUUUAAAGCCUCUUAAAGACUAUUGGAACAAUCCGAAUUUGGACCAAGGAGAGAAGUUUUUGAGGGAUUAUAUUUUAAACAAGAAGUAUUUAGAUAAUGAUGAUAUUGAUUAUAUUCCGACUUAUGAAGAGGUUAUUCAUGAUUCAGAUGAAGAUUUGUCUAAUGAUGAAGAACAUGUAGAUAAACAAGAAGAAUUUGAGCAUAAAUAUAAUUUUCGUUAUGAAGAACCUGAUCAAGAAUUUAUUAAGAGGUACCCAAGAACAAUGGAAAAUUCGUUAAGGAAAACAGAUGACAGAAGGAAAUUAAAAAGGCAGGAAGUUAAAGAGAGAAAAAAACAUGAAAAGGAAGAGAAAAUGCAGGAUAUAAAGAAAAUGCAAGAGUUGAAAAGGAAAGAAAUAGAGGAAAAGCUGGAAAAACUCAAGGAAAUCACUGGAAAUGAAAGCCUUGGAUUUAAUGAUAAGGAUAUUGAUGGUGACUUUGACCCAGAGGAGCAUGAUAAAAAAAUGCAGGCUUUGUUUGAUGACGAAUUCUAUCGGGCACCUGAAGAUGACCAGAAACCUGAAUUUCCUGAUUUAGAUGAAGAGCUAGAAAUUGAAAACUGGGAGAGGUAUACUGGAGAAGGUGAAGACUAUGAACCUAAUUGUGAAGAUGAUGAUUUUAAUAUGGAUUGCGAUUACGACCCAAGCAAACCGAACGAUAACGAUGAUUUUAAUCUUAAAGGUCGUAAAAAACGCAAACGAAAAUCAAAAUUCGCGAAAGCCGUCAGCAAACCUAAACCCAAAUUCGAUCCGGCCGAUGAAAAAUUCGAAAAAUAUUUCGACGAAUAUUACAAACUCGAUUGCGAAGACAUAAUCGGAGACACCCCCUGCCGAUUCAAAUACAGAAAAGUCGCACCCAAUGAUUUUGGAUUAACAACAGAAGAGAUUUUACUGGCAAACGAAAGGGAACUAAAUAAGUGGUGUUCUUUAAAAAAGGCUGUACAAAUAAGAUCAGAUGACGUCGAAAGGUAUGAACAACUGGCUUAUAAAAAGAAAGGGCAAAAUAUUAAUUUGAAGAAGAAAAUUUUGCCUAGCCUAUUUACGGAAAUUCCUAAGGAACAAAUUACGCAGCAAAGAACUGAUAAUGAUACAAUUAGAAAAGAUAAUAAUGAAGAAAAACCAAUAAAUAAAAAAAUAAAAGUCGAAACAAUUACUAGCAAUAAAGAUUCUGAAGAGAAAACUAGUUUAUCAGAAAAUAAUUCUGUUAUUGGACAAGUUAAUACAACAAUAGAGAAGAAAAAACAUGGUUUGUCAGAAAUUCAGAGUGAUUUAACAGAAAACAAUAAAACUGCUCAAAACAUUACUGCAAAAACCAAUAAAACAAAAAAGAAGAAAAAAAAGAAAAAACCAAAAGCGAAGGUUGCAGAAAAUUCUGUUGGUACAGUUAAUAAAAUUGAAGGUCAACAAAGUUUUGUUGACACAAAGAAUAAGAAACGAAAAAGGAAUGAAGGAGAUACUGCGAAUGCAAGUAAAAAAAAGAAAUUUAAUAAAGAAAGAGAGAAAAAAUUGCCAAUAUCUGAUGCUAGACUCUCAGCUUAUGGAAUUAAUCCUAAGAAGUUUAAAAAUAAACUUAAGUAUAAGAAAGUGGAGUAA